AACAGAGGAAUACUGGGGCGUAUAGCUGGGAUCCGCCUCAUCGCAAACGCUUUAUGAGUUUCUCUGAAUUUGGUGAAAUUGUCAAGCAAUUGGAACUAUCGCCAACGAAUAACACAAAGGUCUAUCUUCAGACGGCGUUGAAAUUAGCCGAUUUGUCAGACGAGAUGCAAGAUUACCUAUUUCAGUUCAACUAUCUGUGGCUCAAUUCACUAGCACACAAGUUGCAGUGGGGAGACAUCGACACCAAUCUUUUGCUAGUGGGCAUGCCGGAAGUCGUAACUCCAGCUCAUUACGACGGAAUGGAAAACCUAUUUACACAAGUAUUAGGGCAGAAGAGGUGUAUACUGUUUAAUCCACUUCAGUACAGGAAUCUUUACCCACAUCCUGUUCAUCACCCUCACGAUCGUCAAACGCAAAUAAAUUUUGACGCUCCGGAUUACAAUAAGUUUCCGCGAUUUCGCGAUGCAGUGGGAUACGAAGCAAUAGUGAGACCAGGUGACCUUCUCUAUAUUCCACUCAACUGGUGGCAUUACAUCGAAUCAAAUUCAGACAGUAUGACAAUUUCCAUAAACUUUUGGUUUUCUGCUGAUUUGGAUACGUCCGAAGACAAUGACACAAUAACUCCACAGACAGAGAAUAACGAGGCCAGUGAAGAGGAACUGCUACAACUCAUGAGAGAAAUCGAAAACUCGGUAGGAGAGAAAUUGAAGGACAAAAAACAAGUCAAAGAAUUUCUCUUGGAUAUAAUUGACGGACGAUUCGAUUCUUUAGAGUGAAGUAGAAGACGCGUAACAAAAUGUAAACAAACUGCCUGCUGCUAUAGAUGUUAUGUUAAUUGACGAAAAAGUUACUUGUACGUAUAUGUUGUAGUUAUACAUGUCGCGGAUGCGCGGUUACCAAUAAUCUAUGUAAUCUUAGAAUAACAUUUGGUGAUUGUA